AUGCUCUCCAUCUCAACAUGUACACGUCCCAAGUUGGCGAUCUGCAGGUUUAUUCAUCCAUCUGAUCUCCAAUGGGAUAAAGGCCGCAUCAACCCCGAAAAGUCUGCUUAUAAUGAUACCAAAUGCGAAAAAUCGAAGGCCAAACCGAAACACAAACCAAAAGCGUCAUCGACAAGUCCUUUACAACGAGGCCCUCGUUCAUCGCCGCUCGUGCCGCAGUCUGACUUGUUCAGGCGAAAUCAUGAGGAGCUCGAUAGAGAGCGUGGUCGCGACCGUGAAGUAAAACCUAUUCAGCGUGACCGCCGUGACAGGGACUUCGAUUCCUGGGAGCGUUAUGUUCGUGAGCGCGAUCGCUCCAGGGAUGUCCGCAGGUCUUCCCGGGAGAGGGCUGACGAAGAGAGGGUAUCAUAUCCUUCAAAGCGAUCUAAGAAAACCGAGGGGCAUGGAAUCCGGUCCUCAGUUAUGGAUUCAGGUGACAAUCUCGAAAGCGGUACUCGCCACGGCAAAGACCGUCUAGAUGUUUCUCAGAUGACGCCAGGAAAUCCGUUUUUUCAAUCAAAAGAUGACAAAAAGAGGUCUAUCGACAUCGUUGGCGAGUUCUCUAGUCGUCUUGCAAAGCUGUGCAGCCAGCUGGUUCAGGAUUCAUGUCAGCUUGAUAAAGAAGAAGACAAAUUGAAGGCAUUUACAGAGUUGUCUACCGAACUUUCUAAAGCUGCGCCAUCGACUGCGAUGGCGGUGACUCCUGCUUUGGCAGCCGUUAUAACAAGUCACGCGAAAUCCAAAGAGCGCGUGGCAGCGCGCGUUAGAGAACUAGAUUCUCUGUGGGAGAGCCUGCUCUCAAAUGUUGUGACGACCAUUGUCAGAACGACAGAUAUCAACUUGGAGCGCGCCAUCGUAUUGUUGCAUAAAGAAACGGAUACGGUUCUGCACCCAUAUUUCCGAUCUCACAGCCCGCUCUUGCUUAAACGGAAGGCACAGGACCAAUCCUGGGGGGAGCUGAGCGAGCUAUUAGAGUUGAAGAAUACUUCAGUCGGCGAUGAUAGAGAGAAUGGAGCAACUGCUGCUGAACAUGGGUCCAAGGCAUUGUCACGAUCGCCAGAUUUGAAACGCCGUCGGGUGGAAUCAUCUUCGCCGACAGCCUUUCCCGUAAAGGAAGAAAACGUUGACUAUAGAGGUUUGCUGGAGACGAUGAAGUCGUCCUUGGCUAUGCAGACGCGAACAUUAGAACUGCUUGCCAAGGAAAAACAACUGCUGAAACAAACUUCUCAGGAUGGCUCACAUGAGGCAGAAUAUCGUGUGACAUCGAUCACAUCCGCCCAUCGAAAUUCUUCCGCUGAACGACGUACCACCGCGAUGGAGAUGAAAAACGCCUUUGUGUGCAACCUUUGGACUUUUGAAAGUGAAAGUGAUGGUGAUAUGGUGAGGUUGCACGAGUCACGUGUGGCGCGUACAUGGACGUUUGUGUUGGUUGUGCAUGUCGUGAACAGCCAACAGCCUGGCAACUUUGGUCGAUUAUCACUCAACUAUAUUCAAGGCCUUGAACGAUUUUUACUUUUCCGCCGUACUGAAUGUCUUACGGCUCUCCAUUUAACGUCCAUAAAUAUUGCAACAAUCGUGGACAAUUUGAUGAAUACCGACAACACCAACUCCCCUGCUUCCACUGACAGUGAUGCUGUCAAUUGCUCAACUGCGAGAGUCUACUUCGGUCCAGUGCAAUCACCGGAGAAGAGACUCAUCGCUAGCGAGGUCACGCGAAGACGUACACUCAAUAUUGAUACCGUCGACUCUCUCCUUCGUCCAUUGGGACUGCCUGCUCUCCUCGCCCCUCCAUCGCCACAAGAAAUCACGCGCGCACCGGAUGAAGGUGACGAACGAAGCGACGAAGAUGCAGAUGAGAUCUUUGAUGUGGCUGCUCAUCUAUCUCGUGAAGACACACCUGAGAAUGAUUCCUUGGGCCAGAACGAACCAUCCUCCGUUCUUGCAAGUCGAAUUAUGCGGGCUUGCGAUAAUCCUUCCCCUCCUCCGCGGGCUCAUCCCACCAUUUACUUUGGUCUUGUGAUGAGGGAUGGACGCACACCAUUUCCAGAUAUAUCUGCACCCCCUAGCCCGUUUCGCCCCAUAAAUUUGCGUGAGAGACUGAGCCAGUUCUCCGCGACAGAACGUGCUUUGUCGCCUGAACCACCUCAGCGUCAGGCUUUCUAUGAUCAGAAUUCGCCUCCACAGGAUUCUGCAGGUAACAUCUCCCAGCCCGAUCUCAUCUCAUUCGAAUCUUGCUCCACUCUAGUCAAGACUACGGAAUCUUCUGCAGAAGGAUGUCCCCGUGGCUCUCCAAUUCAAACUUUAUCUUCCAGUGUAGAUGAUCUCCCCUCACAAUCCCCAGAGCAUCCUUCUGUCAUACCUACCCCUCCUCGUGUAGACGGCGUAGAACAGUCUAGUUCCUUGGACAGCCCAGAUAAGCUUCCUCAGGGGUGUGCACCGGCUGACCCGGAGUCCAGACCACCAUACCCCAGUUUUCCUCCGCCGUUAGUCGCCACCUCCGGCGCAGCGGAUAUUACUAAGGAAUAUGCAAGAUCACCCGUGCGACGAUCAGCACGCCUUAGUGGGACUCCACGCCCCAGCCAAACCACCCACGCACAGCAACCUUCGGAAACGCCGAAAAUCAAAGGAAAAUUAAAGGCGACAAUACUCGCGCCCGAGGGGGAAGUUCCCUUGAUGCGGGAUGAGCAAACUGUUGAACACGGCGACGCAGAUCCUUACCCUGAUAUUCAAAGAUUGGUAGAGGAAAAAGAGAGACGACGAUCACGAAGACGGGGAUUGAACGGGAAACACGACACCCCCAAUUUGCAAAGAGAAUUGGGGUCCCUUUCUCCUCAGUCCGCGGAUGUCUUAACGCGUUUGUUGCCGUCCGAGCGAUCUACGCCACUCCAAGAGGGACAGUAUUCGCUACCACAACAUGAACUUUCUUUCGUAUCUUUGGACCCUCCACUGUUGACACCACAGAGGCCAAAGUCAAAUUUUCAGCAACCAAAUUCUCCCCUGGCCACAGUACAGCGGCCACUUGUUGUUGCUCCGACGCCUAUUCGUCCGAAUGGGAGUAUAGGUUCUUCUCGUCUCAAGUUUUCCUUGACCGUCGACGAUGCGUCUCGCACACCAGCGAGGAGGGUGCCCAUUCAAGAUGCCUUCGUGCAGGGCUCUGCAUCCUCACAGAACACAAUGCUGUUGUCCGCGAAACGUGAUGCGUCAACACAGUUUGUGGGCAUGCGUGGACCCGUCUUUUCGCGCCCUGCGUUGGACAAUCCAUCGCGUAGCCCCGCUAAGCGUAUUCUAAUCACAGAUCUCAACAGUCCUGUGCGCUCACCAACUCGACCAACAGGUGCGAGGGCCCGAAGCGCCUCAACGGAGCCGAAACCCAUUGCCUUUCAGCCUCUACGAAGUCAUUCUGUUGAUCCAUCACCCCGUGCCGCUGACGGCAAAGGCAAAGAGCCUAUAUUCCUUAAAUUUUCUUCCAAGCCGAAAUCUGGCACCAAACUGCCGUUCCCUCUUGUGGCUGGGCAGAAGGCAGGAACGGAUUUCCCGCACUCCAUCCCUGAAGAGGCGGAAGGAUCUGAGGCUGUCGGAGAAGAUUUGGUUGCCAAUCAGGCCGCAUCAUCGUCCAGCCUUGUGAAAUCUGGCUUCAAACAGCCCUCUAUUGGUAGUCGCAUACCACGAAUUGGCGCCAAGCCUUAUGCUAGACCACAGCCAAAGAAACCGAUUUCGUCUACAGCUACGAAGUUGCCUGCCUUUGGUACUGGACCGCGUACCCCAUUUUUCAAAUCGGCUCCUGCUGGCAAUGGCAGUAGCAGUUCCGAAGAGUCGUCUGUCAUCGCCCCCCCACCAAAUCGAAAAUUCGAUGGGAAAUCUGUAGCAGAGCCAUCAGUGCUCUCGACACUGAAGCGGAAGCGUGGCGUAGAAGAGACUGUCAUAUCUCCCCCUACUCACCCUGUGAUGGUUCGCCAGGUUGUCCCCGGAAUGCUUGGGGGAAAGUAUGCCCCCAAACUAGCACCUGAACUCCUACCGACAGCUCCUUCUCUACCAGAGCCGAGUCCUCGGAAGCCGCCUGGCCCUAUGAAGUUUCGCAAAGUUGAGCCCGGAGUCAUAUCAGCACGUUAUGCAGCACCCUCUAAACCGACUGCAUAUGACUCUCCAGUUGCCGACGACCGCAGCAGCAGCCCGCAGAUCGUGGUCGUGUCUGAGGCACCAAUCACCCGAUCAUCUUCACCUCCCAACUCCACCUCCACACCUAUUCUACCAGAACCUGAACUCGCGAAGCCCUCAAACGAUGUUGUUGAGCCCAAAGAAACAGCGGAAACAUCUUCACACCGGCCACCAGAGAACCGAGGUCGGGGCCGUCGAACGUCUCGACGCAAGCAUGCAGCGCAGCAUGCCAACGACGUUUUUGGUCCCUCCACAUCAACACAACCUCUCCAGCUUCGACGUUCGCGGCGCUCUGAGGGCGACGGCUUCAUGGGGAUGAGCGCAGUUGCCCUCCAAGCCCUCACUACUUCCAACACCACAAAGAACCAGGAAGUUUUCGCGAAGCUGGAAAGGGAAGUAAUUCGCAAGGAGGGCACAAGGCCAGAGAGUCCCGCAGUCAAAGUUCGGACGAUAUCACAAAAGCAGAGAGAGAUGAGGGAUCGCCAACGACUUGAACGAGCUGAGCGGAGGGCGAGGCGGAGUGAAGACGGGCCUGGAUUGAGUGAUUGUGAAGGUGCUAGCGAACUGGGUGAUCAAUCCAUCCUCGGAUUUGAUAGGGAGCAUGAUGAAAAUGAUGAGGUGGUCUGGACGAAGCAUCGUAGAGGACCAGGAGAAGUGGAGGAUUACGAGACGCCAGUUAGGUCUGACCAGCUGACCAAACGUUUGCGAUUUGGGGGAGGCCCUCAGCAGGAGGAGGAAAGAGAGCGCAAACGGGUGAAGUGGCACCAUGGGUUAUCCACGGAAAUUUAUCUGGAUGAGAUCCAUCCUCGACCUACCUCAUGGACCAAGGACUUUGUCAUCGAGAAAGGCUGCUUAGCCCGACGUCCAAGAAUCUUCGUUUAG